UGUGUUCUUUUAUUUCCUUUAUGGGUGAACGUAAUUAUCAAAUUCUCAGAAUGGCUUUCCCUUUCAUUACCGGUAAAACAGUGAUAAAGUUUUGCCUCCUCUUUCUCAUACUAAUCUCCUUUCUUCUCUCACUCUCUCAUGGAAGUGAAGCUGCUAAUACGACUAACGAAGUUACAAAUAUCGGCGCCAUCAUUGAUGUCAGUUCCCGAAUCGCGAAAGAAGAGAAAAUAGCUAUGGAAAUUGCUGCUGAAAACUUCAACAACCACCAUUCAAAGAGUCACAAGCUGUCUCUCUAUUUCAAAGACCCCGGGAAAGGCCCCCUUCAAGUUGUUUCUGCUGCUGAUGAGCUUAUUAAAGAAAAGAAAGUGCAAGUGAUUGUUGGCAUGAACAAGUGGGAGGAAGCAGCAUUAGUGGCUGCUAUUGGAAACAAAGCUAGUGUUCCAGUUCUUUCAUUUGCAGCUCCUGCUAUAACCUCACCAAUUCUGCAACAUCGUUGGCCUUUCUUGAUUCAAAUGGCUAACAAUGAUUCUGCUCAGAUUGAAUGCAUUUCAGAAAUUGUUCGGGCCUAUAACUGGAGAAGGGUUAUAGCAAUAUAUGAAGAUGAUGCAUAUGGCAGUGACUCGGGGAUGUUAGGUCUUCUAUCUGAGGCUCUUCAGGAGGUUGAUUCAGAGAUUGAGUAUCAAUUGGUUCUUCCACCGGUUUCUUCUCUCCCUAAUGCAGGAGGGUUUGUUCUUGAUGAGCUUUUGAAACUGCAGUUAACAACACAAUCUCGGGCUUUUAUCGUUCUUCAGUCAUCAAUACCAAUGGUAUCUCAUUUGUUCAGGGAAGCUAAGAAAGUAGGACUUGUAGGGAGAGAGUCAGCUUGGAUAAUUCCCGAGAGUGUUGCAAGUGUACUGGACUCUGUUAAUAACUCUGUUAUUUCCUCUAUGGAAGGUGCUUUGGGAAUCAAGACCUACUAUUCUAAUAGUAGUAAUUCGUAUAAAGAUUUCUAUGGUCAGUUCACAAAAAUCUUUGAAACCGAGUAUCCUGAGGAACAUAAUCACGAACCUGGAAUUUAUGCUCUAAAAGCAUAUGAUAGCAUUAUGACAAUUUCACAGGCUAUAGAGAGAACGAUUAAUAACUCAAUUAGCCCAAAGAUAAUGUUAGAAAAUAUACUGUCAAGCAAUUUCUCUGGUUUAAGUGACCAAAUACAUUUUGAAGCAGGAAAGCUGCUGCAAACUCCUAUUUUGAGGAUAGUAAAUGUUGUAAAGAAAGGAUACGAAGAAUUAGACUUUUGGACAUCAGAGUCUGGGUUCUCAAAAAGCGUUGAGAUGAAAAGUUGUACAGAGAAAAUUGCAGGUCCAGUAAUUUGGCCAGGAUAUCUAAUUCAAGUUCCAAAGGGUUGGGCAAUGCCUACUGAACAAAAUCCAUUGAAAAUUGGAGUUCCAGGUAGAACUUCAUUUCAGAAGUUUGUAAAGGUUGAUUACAGCGGGAACCUAGAUAAUUCCAAAUUUGAUGGUUGGUGCAUUGAUGUUUUCAAAGAGGUGCUUAAAAAAUUGCCUUAUUCUCUGCCCUAUAAAUUCAUACCCUUGAAUGGCACCUAUGAGGAUCUGAUUGAUUGUGUCUACAACAAGACAUUCGAUGCUGUUGUUGGGGAUUUGACAAUAUUAGCCAACCGUACAAAAUAUGUUGAAUUUACUCAGCCAUAUGCCGAGUCUGGGUUGUCCAUGGUAGUUCCUGCACAACCUGAAGGAUCAGCAUGGAUGUUCUUGAAGCCUCUCACCUGGAAAAUGUGGUUAAUGACUGGUGUCGUCUUAAUGUACACAAUGCUUAUAGUUUGGUUCUUGGAGCAUCAAUAUAAUCCUAAAUUUAAUGGCACACUGAAGAAUCAGAUUGGUACCACACUUUGGUUCACAUUCUCCUCUCUGUUCUUUGCUCAAAGGGAGAAAGUUUAUAGCAACCUCACUCGAGUGGUGGUGGUAGUUUGGCUUUUUGUUGUGUUGAUCCUAACCUCAAGCUACACUGCUAAUCUGUCUUCAAUGCUCACUGUCGAACGACUGCAACCAGUUAGAGAUAUCGAGUGGCUGAAGAGCAGCAAUGCACCAAUUGGUUGUGAUGGUGAUUCAUUCGUAAUGACUUACCUGCAGAAAGUGCUUAAGUUAACGAACAUCAUUCAAGUUUCAACCGAAUCUGCUUAUCAACCGCAUUUCAGAAACAAAAGCAUAACUGCAGCCUUUUUUGAAAUUCCAUAUGAGAAAGUUUUCAUCAACAAGUAUUGCAAGGGAUUCACUACCUCCACACAGACCUAUAGAUUUGGAGGUUUUGGCUUUGUAUUCUCGAAGGGCUCACCAAUAACGAAGGAUUUUUCAGAAGCCAUACUAGAACUAUCAGAAGAUGGUAGCCUAACAGAUCUUGAAAAAAAAUGGUUGAUUCCCUCAUCCGAGUGUUCAACAGACAAAACAUCCAGUAAUACAGAUCCUUUGAGCAUCCAGAGCUUCUGGGGUCUCUUCCUUAUAUCUGCUGCCACUUCUACUAUUUGUUUACUCCUAUCAUUUAUUCGAUUAAUAAAGAAUUAUCAACAUCAUCAAGAGCCAAACGAAGAGAAUGCAACUCCUAGCCCAAUAAGAGUAUGGAACAAGGCAGUUGGACUUGCAAAAUACUUUUAUAAUGGAGAGAUCAUUACUCCACCGAGGGCUUCAAGUUCAUCUACGCCAAACUUACAUAGUUGGACUUCUUUAAGAUGGGAAGACAUGAACACUAUCGACAUUCCUGACGAUAUUACUCAGGCCUCCCCACCUUCAGAAAUCGAAAUGUCAUAGAUGAUAGAACUCCUUGUUGAAUGCACAAAGUGGGAUAGGUAGGUUAUAGAUGAUUUUUUUUUAAUGAGCCCAAAUGUUGUAAUAUUUACUUCUUAUUGUGUACUACUAAUUGUUGGAAGGGGUAAGGGGUGUUGUAAAGGGUUGUUAAGAAUUUGUUACAAUUAGUUGGCUGGUGAGUUAGCUAGUUGUCUCACUCAAUUAAUUUUACGAGUUUGAGUAUACUAACUAGAUAACUCGAUGUAAACCAGCCUGUAUAAAUAUGUGUCAAUAUUAUUGAACCUCAAUAAGAAACUAGUCAUAUACAUUUAUUCUUUCCUUUCAA